AUGGCAGAGGCUGUGGGAGUGCCCAAGGGCAGGUGGGCAGGUCACUUUCGUGGCCAGGCCUGCCUGGUCCAGAUUCCCGAACUGGGCCAGGAGGGUGUGUUGGGCAACUCUCUGAGGACGGCAGUGGCUCAUCUCUCUCUGAGCUUCUAUUUCGACAGCAACAAUGGGACUCUGGACAGUGUGGGCCACAUUUUUCGCCAACUGGCUGAGGAGAAGUGUGAGGGCGCCCAGCGUCUCUUGAAAAUGCAAAACCAGUGCUGCGGCCACGCCCUCUUCCAGGAUGCACGGAAGCCUUCUCAAGAUGAGUUGGGUAAAACCCAGGACGCUGUGGAAGCCUCCAUUCUUAGGGAGAAGAACCUGAACCAGGCACUAUCUGAUCUGCGCGCCCUGGGUUCUGCCCGCGCGGACUCCCACCUCUGUGACUUCCUGGAGAGCCGCUUCCUGGAGGAGCAGAUCUGCCAAUUUUUAUAUGUGAAAGCUGUUCCCUCGAAUUAUUAA